GAAACUCAUUUCACGCUUGUGUGCCCUUAUGAGACGGAGCAGAAAUCGGGACAAAAGCUGCGCUGAGUUAGUCCUCGUAAUUGUUCUACGGAUAUUGUCAAUUGCACAGCUUAUUCUGAAGUAGAUGUACACAAAACGCAGCAAAACACAAACAGGAAUCAGAAAGUUCAGAAGUAAAAUGAAUGCUAUGAAUGAAAGGUUUAUGCCAAUGCUUUUGCUUCGCUCCCCAUGUAUGCUAUUCCGAUGCAUCAUGCGCGCAAGUGAAUGCAACCCAUCUGAAUUUGAAAGGCACCGAUUUCUCCUUGAAUGCAGCAUGAGGUACGUUCGCCUAGUAGUGCUGGUAUUGCUGGUACUUUUCCCACUCGGCAUUCUUGUCUGUCCAAUGCUCCAACUCUUGCUUCUUUCCAUCUUCAUACGAUGAGUAGACCUCACCGUGCUUGUCCUUGUCAUCUUUCUUGUCGUCCUUUUUGUCAUCUGGCUUCUUGUAAUCAUCCUUUUUGUCGUCCUUCUUGUAAUCCUCCUCCUUGUAAUCAUCCUUUUUGUCGUCCUUUUUCUCAUCUUCCUUCUUGUAGUCAUCCUUCUUGUAUUCAUCCUUCUUGUCGUCCUUCUUGUAUUCAUCCUUCUUGUCGUCCUUCUUGUCGUCUUCUUUCUUGUAUUCGUCCUUCUUGUAGUCAUCCUUCUUGUAGUCAUCCUUCUUGUCGUCUUCCUUCUUGUAUUCGUCCUUCUUAUCGUCUUUCUUGUAGUCCUUCUCGCCAUUCUUUUUGUAGUCGUCAUACUGGUUCUUGUAAUUUUUGUACUGGUUGUAGAGGUCUUCGUAUUUGUUCUUCAAGUCGGCCUCCUUGCUUUUGUAGUCUGCUUCAUCGUAGUACUUGUAGUCCUUGUACUUGGAGAAUUCCUGGUUGUACUUGUCGAGUUGCUGCUUAUAAUCGUCGAGAGACUGCUUGUACUCCUUCAGAGACUUUUCAUCAUACUUUUUGUAAUAGUCUUUCUUGUCGUCGUACUCGUCGUCGUACUUCUUGUCGUCGUACUUCUUGUCGUCGUACUUCUUGUCGUCGUACUUCUUGUCGUCGUACUUCUUGUCGUCGUACUUCUUGUCGUCGUACUUCUCUUCCUUCUUGUCGUCGUGCUUGUCUUCCUUCUUGUCGUCGUGCUUGUCGUCGUGCUUGUCUUCCUUCUUUUCUUCCUUUUUGUCAUCACCAUCUUUGUUGUACUUGAUCUUGUUCCAAUCGAUCUUAUCCCAAUCGCUGCUGUAGUUCACCUUCGUCCAAUCAAACUUUUCCCAGUCGACGUGAGAGUAAUCAAGCUUCUUCC